GCUAGAAUUACGCUCUCCUCGUCUCCUGGAGUACAAGAUGUCCUCCUUCUCACUUCCGACGAUAAACGACAACCCAGACGGUGGGUGGGGCCCCUCGUUCGCAAAUCUCCCCUCCCAGUUUAAGUUUAAGGACAUUCCUUAUGCGCCGUACUCAAAAUCCGACAAGCUGGGACGCUUCGCCGACUGGAACGAUAUCUCAGGCGAUGGACGUCAAGCCAACCUUGGACUGACCUCGGGGGCUACUACCCGUGGUGGCGCCACAGGCGGCCGUGGCAGGCGCGAUGGCCAACCCGCGUUCGGCAGCGGCACCGCCAGUGCUUUUGCUUACUUCCAUGCCGAGGAUGAAUCCAGCUUCUCGCUUGUCGACAGCAAGGCCACCACCGUUCGCAGAGGCGGUGCCAUGAUGAGGGGACGUUCCGCUGCUCGUGGAGGUGCUGGCUUUUCUACUAGGGGUGGAGCGGCUCGCGGCGGUCGUGGCGGGUUCACCUCUAACCGAGGCGGAAAUGCUCAGCGUGGCGGAAGGAGAGGUUGGAGGGAUUGGGAGAAGAACAAUCGCACUCGUGAGGCAUCGGUUGCUAUUUCUCCGGAGUGGACUAUGCUCGAAGAGAUCGAAUUCCACCGCUUAGCAAAAUUGCGCCUGGAUGUUGAUGAUCCCGAAGACCUCGACACCUACGGCCGCCUGCUCCCCUAUGACAAGUCUUACGACCGUGUCACGACCAAGACGGAGAAGCCGCUCCAGCUUGUCGAUCGUAUUAAAUACAAUACGACGACAUCUGAUGACCCGGUUAUGCAGGAGCUUGCCUCAAAAGACACCGCGACGGUCUACACCACCGAUGUCAUUCUCAGUGGACUUAUGUGUGCUCCGCGGACUAUAUAUCCCUGGGAUAUUGUCAUCGUCCGGGAAGGCAACAAGCUCUUCUUCGACAAACGAGAUGGUGGUCCGUUUGAUACCGUCACCGUCAACGAAAACGCCGCGGACCCACCACAAGAUCCUCAGCCGCCUAACCCCAAUAACCCCGCAGACAAAGCCCCAGAGGUUCCGUCGAUUAACUCAGCGACAUCUCUCUCGCUCGAAGCAACAUACAUCAACCAGAAUUUCGGUUUCCAGGCUGUCGUGGAGCAGCCGCCGCCGCCGCCAGUCGACUUCAACAAGCCCAACCCCUUCUACGGCCCUGACGAGACCGAGCCGCUGGCCUCCUGUGGUUAUCGGUACCGUGUCUUCGAUCUCGGCAUCACUGAAGACGAGGAUCUCAAGAUCUGCGUGCGUACGGAAGUCGAUGCGUACAACGCUGGCCAGGGCAACCCUCGCGAGGGUCAGGGGUUGGUCACCAUCCGCGCUCUGAACGAGUUCGAUCCUCGGGCACCUGGUGCUGGCGGCGCGCCCGACUGGAGGACGAAGCUGGACUCCCAGCGUGGAGCCGUCGUCGCGACUGAAAUGAAAAAUAACAGCGCCAAGUUGGCGAAGUGGACGGUCCAGAGUAUUCUUUCCGGUGCUGACCUCAUGAAGAUUGGCUAUAUUUCCCGUGCUAACCCCCGUGACAGUACUCGUCACGUCAUCUUGAGCACACAGUCUGUUCGCCCAACCGACUUUGCCAACCAGCUGAACGUCUCCCUGGCGAACGGAUGGGGCAUCGUCCGCACCGUCACGGACAUCCUCAUGAAGCAGCCCGAGGGCAAGUACGUCCUCGUCAAGGACCCCAACAAGUCCAUCAUCCGUCUCUACGCUGUCCCUCUCACAGCCUUCACGGCGGAAGAUGAGGAUGAGGAAGCCCCCCUUGAAAUGGAGGAGUCCGAGGAGGUGUGAGCACCUGAAUGCCGGCCGUCCGCAUGACGAUGAAGAUGUAGACAUUGCUGUAUACAUGCAUGUACACUAUCCGCACGGUUCGGAAUUUGUUGGAAGUCAAUAAGCUCCAUGGGGAAUGGUUGAUGUGCGCCUGCGCACGGCGAACUUGAGC